AAGGAAAAUAGAAAAAUGAGGGGAGUCUCUCUAAUCGCAACGCUCCUAAUAGCGAACACGCUAAUGGCGACGACGUCUCGUGCCUCUCUCUAUCUCCUACGACGCAACUCCUCCCACAACGCCAAGUUUUCUUCUUCUCAUUUUCGCCCCACUACUUUCCACAAAUCAUACCCCUGCCCCCUCUGGUCAUCUUCCUUCUCAUUUUGUCUCCCCCCUCCUAGAUCCACCACCUCCCCCUCCAUCGCCGCUUCUCCUCGCUUUUCUCCCUUCUCCUCUUCUUGCUCUCCGUCUGCUUCAAUGGCCGCCACUGGUUCUGUUGUCUCCGAUGAGAGUCUCUCCUCGAACCCUCUGUUGCAGGAUUUCGAGUUUCCUCCCUUUGACUCCGUUGACGCCAAGCACGUCCGUCCCGGCAUUCGCGCUCUCCUGCACCAACUCGAGGCUGAAUUGGAGCAGCUUGAGAAUACCGUGGAGCCUUCAUGGCCGAAACUGGUGGAGCCAUUGGAGAAGAUAAUUGAUCGGUUAGCUGUCGUUUGGGGAACGAUCAAUCACCUUAAGGCGGUCAAGGAUACUCCCGAGCUUCGUACUGCCAUCGAAGAUGUUCAGCCAGAGAAGGUGAAGUUUCAGCUCAGACUAGGGCAAAGCAAACCAAUUUACAAUGCAUUUAAAGAUAUUCGAGAAUCCCCAGACUGGCAAUCACUGAGUGGAGCUCGUAAACGUAUAGUAGAAGCACAAAUAAAGGAGGCGGUUCUCAAUGGUAUUGCUCUUGAAGAUGAAAAGAGGGAACAAUUCAACAAAAUUGAACAGGAACUGGAGAAACUUUCCCAUAAGUUUUCUGAGAAUGUUUUGGAUGCUACAAAGAACUUUGAAAAGUUGAUAACAGACAAGAAUGAAAUCGAGGGAUUGCCUCCAACUGCACUUGGGCUGUUCGCACAAGCAGCUGUGUCCAAGGGACAUGAAAAUGCAACCUCUGAAGAUGGACCAUGGCUCAUUACAUUGGAUGCUCCUAGUUAUCUUCCUGUCAUGCAACAUGCGAAAAACCGCGGUCUGCGUGAGGAAGUCUAUCGUGCUUAUAUUUACCGUGCCUCUACUGGUGAUUUGGAUAACACAUCAAUUAUUGACCAAAUAUUGAAGCUUCGACUGGAAAAGGCAAAGCUUCUUGGUUACAACAAUUAUGCUGAGGUAAGCAUGGCCAUGAAAAUGGCUACUGUAGAGAAAGCAGAGGAGCUACUAGAGAAGCUUCGCAGUGCUUCCUGGGAUCCAGCAGUUCAAGACAUGGAAGACCUCAAGAAUUUUGCCAAGAACCAAGGUUCUGAAGAAGCUGACAGCUUGACUCACUGGGACAUAACUUUCUGGAGUGAAAGGCUCCGAGAAUCCAAAUACGAUAUUAAUGAGGAAGAACUACGACCAUACUUCUCGUUGCCGAAGGUUAUGGACGGGCUUUUCAGUCUAGCGAAGACACUAUUUGGAAUUGAUAUUGAGCCAGCAGAUGGUGUAGCUCCAGUCUGGAACAACGAUGUUAGGUUCUAUCGUGUCAAAGAUUCUUCUGGAAAUCCCAUUGCUUACUUUUACUUUGACCCAUACUCCCGCCCAUCGGAGAAAAGAGGGGGUGCUUGGAUGGACGAGGUUGUUUCUCGUAGCCGAGUCAUGGCACAAAAGGGUUCUGCCGUAAGACUGCCUGUUGCGCACAUGGUCUGCAAUCAAACCCCACCAGUUGGUGACAAGCCAAGCUUGAUGACAUUCCGUGAGGUCGAAACUGUGUUCCAUGAAUUUGGCCACGCUCUUCAGCACAUGCUUACCAAACAGGAUGAAGGACUAGUGGCUGGUAUCCGGAAUAUUGAGUGGGAUGCUGUUGAAUUACCAUCACAGUUUAUGGAGAACUGGUGCUACCACAGGGACACCUUAAUGAGCAUUGCCAAGCAUUAUGAAACCGGAGAAGCACUCCCUGAUGAGGUAUACAAGAAACUCCUGGCAGCAAGGACAUACCGUGCAGGAUCCCUAAGCCUUCGUCAGUUGAAGUUUGCUAGUGUUGAUCUGGAGCUGCACACAAAAUACAUACCCGGGGGAUCGGAGUCUAUCUAUGAUGUUGAUCAAAGGGUAUCCAGAAGAACACAAGUGAUCCUUCCACUUCCUGAAGAUAGAUUCCUCUGUAGCUUUAGUCACAUAUUCGGCGGUGGUUAUGCAGCCGGAUACUACAGCUACAAGUGGGCGGAGGUACUGUCUGCUGAUGCUUUCUCAGCAUUUGAAGAUGCAGGAUUAGAGGACAUCAAGGCUGUCAAGGAAACUGGACAGAGAUUCAGAGACACCAUACUCGCGCUCGGGGGAGGGAAGGCCCCUUUGCAGGUGUUUGUGGAGUUCAGAGGACGUGAACCUUCACCGGAGGCUCUGCUCAGACACAACGGCCUUUUGGCUGCUUCCGUUUAAAAAGUCAUCCCCAUAUGUGUCACUACUGCUGCUGCUUUGCCUCUUUGUUUGGGAAACAGAUAGAUGCAAACCAUAUAUUGCUGUUGGAUCGAUGGGAGGCAUAGCAAUGCAUUUCAGCAAAUAAAUUAAUCGUUUCCUUAACUGUUGUUGUUUCACACUUGCCAAAGGGAUUUGGCGAUGGAACUC